AUGUGGGGGGUGAAAAAAAAUGUCAAGGGGUCUGGGGACAAAGAAGGUAUUCCUGAUGACGGGAGAGAAGAAAGUGGUAAACGCAAAAAGAAUAAAGGCAAGGAAAAGGUUACGGAGUACAGUGAUGUGGAGUCUGCAACUGAUCAAGCGGCUUUUAAAGGGAAGGAUGACAUUGAUGUGAGUGGUGAAGUGGAGAAGGAUAAGGGUAAAAAAAAUAAAAGAAAGAAUACAAAUGGAGGUGAUUCCAUGGAAAGCUACAUUGAGAAGCCUGGUGGUGAAGCUCAAUCUGGUUCUAGUUCUUCUAAGAAGAGGAACCGAGAGGAGGAAGUUCUAGAUGUAGCGAUUGGGGAGGAGAAGACCAAAAUGGAUGUAAAUUUUGAAUAUACGAAAGCGAAUGUUGGAGAUGUUGAAACAGAGAACAGUCUUGGAAGCAUGAAUGAACAUUUGAGGAACUCGUAUGCUAAAAAAUCAUCCAAAAGAGUAAAAUUUGCUAGUCAUGUAGAAGUCUUCCCCUCAUCUGAUGACCAAGAUGAUCGGGAGGAAAACCUAGGAAAUAAGUUGGUUCAAGGUAAGAGGUUCACGAGGAAAGAAGAUCAAAUAAUCAAAGAUGCUGUUCACGAGUAUAUAGAGGUAUACUUAUGA